AUGGUCGCUACCGAAAUGUUACAAUCAAUGCCGAAUCCUAUGGGAUUGCUUCCGCCACCUCAAGUUCCGGCGAUGAACAACAUGAUUGCCAUGUCCAACGGAAUGCUCAUAAACGCUGCCAUGCCUCCCGCGAUGAUGAUGAUACCAGUGCCUUUACAUCCCGCCAUGGAACACCCUCAAGCAUACAUGAAUGGAGCGCAGGAGUUGCCACGACAAGGGCGCAACAAUUACUCCCAGCCAAAGCAUGCCAAUCAUGAGCAGAACAAGUCAAUGUUCAAUGCUAAGAUUGCAAUGGAAAUGAGCGAUGAAGACGUGUUGAAUGCUACUUCUCCCAUGUUGACGAGGAUUCUCGUUGAAAUGCUCAGAGAUGGAGAAAAUGGCAGGGCUAGAGCAUGGCAGUUUUUUGAACGCCUUUGUAGACAGAAGAAAGCCGAUGUCUAUCAGUUUUCUGUCAUGCUUAAUGCCUGCGGGGACAGCUGGGCAGCUGAGCAGCUCAUGGAGAAGAUGCACGAAUCAAACAUCCACCCGAGCGAAGUGACCUACCAAAAGCUCUACAAGAUAUACCUGAGAGAUGCAAGAGUGGACGAGGCUGAGAAAGUUCUUGACGAAUUGAGGAACCUUAUGGAGAGUGGAGGAGUUCAAGGCUUACCAGAAGACUACACCAAUCGAGUACUGACGGACAUGCUGUUGGAAAUGGUCAAGGAAGGAAAUGAUGCCGAGCGUCGAGCGUGGGAGUUAUUCAACCGACUUCGCAAGAUUCAGAAAGUGAAUAUAAUUCACUACAAUGUCAUGCUCAACACCUGCAAGUCAACAGAAGAUGCGAUGCAGCUUGUACGAGAAGCUCGUGAUGAAGGAAUUUUUCCAAGCGAACGGACCUGCAUGAAGUUGGCAAAGCUCUACAUCAAGGAAGGAAACAUGCCCUCUCAUCCAAGCCAACUGGACGCGGUUGUGAACGGCCUGAAGAAGACGAGUCUGUUCGAUGGUAUGGCACCAACGAGUGAAGACUGCAUCUUGCAGCCAUCCAUGAAUCAGCAGUUUGACUUCAGUGAUCAUGGCUGGGCGGAAGGAAGCGACGGUCGGAGGCAGAAUGUGUUCAUGGGAGAGCACGAGCUUGCGAUGAUGUUCGAGAAGAUCCUCCUAGGGCAGACGCCCGCUGGCACCAAGAAUCUCCAGCAGGCUGAUCGUGACAAUUGA